UUUUCUGAUCUCCGCAAUCUGUCUGGAACGACCCUCAUGAAUUUGUUAUCAGCGCUAUUCAUGACCCAACUACUCUAUGUUAUUGGUGUCGGAGGUGUAAUGGAUUCGGAGCUCUGCAUUGCUCUGGCGUCCGCUCUACAUUAUGUCCGCCUCUGUGUGUUUUCAUGGAUGCUGCUUAUGACCCACAAUAUGUACAUGCAGUACAAAACUGGCCUUCAUCUUGUUCCAAUUACGGACACAAAUAUUAGCCGGAAUUUUAUAAGAUAUUCCCUUCUAGGAUGGGGAUUGCCAUUAGUAUUCCUGCUGGCAAGCAUCUUAAUCCAAUACUGUGAUAAACGUGGAAUGUUGCUCGACACUCAAGACCUCAGAAGGCAGAAUUGCUGGUUUCUGGACAAGAACGCCUUUAUCUCCAGCCUGGUCAUUCCCGGUUACCUGAUGGCUCUGAUGACAUUCUUCUAUUUAUUCCGGACAGCUGUUUUGUCCAAAUACCUCGUAGGGUUUCAACCGGACAAUCGAUUACGAGACAAAAUGCGACGGAAAAGCGCUAUUCAAAUAAUACUUUUUAGUAAGAUAACGAUUGUUCUGUGUAUUUGCUUGGCUCUAGCCACUAUGUCAAAACUAACGAAUUCGGAUGGAGUUUGGAUUUCCUUCCACAUCGUCCAAGGACUACAAGGAAUUUUCAUUGCCAUGCUAGUUACGUGCAAUUGCCAAGUGUUGAAACUAUAUACUCGAAGCCUAAAAACUAGGGCAAUAAGACAUAUACCCAGCUAUGUCGGAAAACCGUCCACUUCCGGCCUGAACAAAUCGACGAGUUUACAAAUGCUCACUUGGGAUCCUCCACCGGAUAUUGUUUAAACUGCUAGAAAAUUUCAUAAUCAUUUAUAAAUUGUUUUCCACAAUAUUUAGGGUUUUUUAGAAGUGGGUGCUUUUUGCACCCGGUCUUUAAUUAUCUCUAGUCAUGUAUGUUCCAAAAAUGUUUUAGUUUGCUUUGGGCACAAGAAAAUGUAUUUUUUCUUUAACGUCGAUGGAAUCGUUAAAUGAGUUUUUCUAUUUUAUCGGAGGCAAUUUCAUUUCUCCCUAAGGGAUUUUAUUGGCGUCGAAUGAGUAAUAUGUCCAUCCACAAUAUUUUCCUUCCCAAUGUCCAUAAAAAAACUUUAAUUAAUUUUCUUCGACCAGCCACUUUUUGUUCACUAUUUCCUGAAUAGUAGAAAAAAGCCUGAUGUUGCGCACGUUACACUUUGAGAGUGUAGAUGCCUUAACAGGCAUAUAAAUGUAAUUAAUUAGUUGAUUUAUUCCUGAAACUUUAGACUUUCUUAAUACAUAUCCAGCUUUCUAGUUUAGUGGAUACUUGAUAAUUUUUCGGCAGUUCCCUAAUUGUCUAGUUUAAGGAAAUAAAUGAUAUUCCAUCCAUUCAUAGUUUAUACUGCUAUAUGGACGAAAAUGUGAAAAAAACUGCAGCCAAUAACAAUUACGAUCUGACGACUGCGCCCUUUUGUUAAAGUAAAUUUUCAAUACGUCCAGUUAAUACGGAUGGGUUUAAAUACUAUAAUUUAUAUUUUUGCUCAAGAUCUACUUGAUGAAAAAAUUAACCAAUGCAGUUGAGAUUUGAAAUUUUCGCAAAGUUCCAUUUAAAAUUAGUUUUGCCAAUGUUCCAUAUGUACAUAAGUAAUAAUUAUUUAUAUAAACGCAAUGAAAUAAUGUAAAUACAAGCCAUUGGAUGUAUAUUCAAUGAAUUAUAUAAGUAUAUUGUAAAAAGCCUAAGAAUACCGAGGAUAUAAUCUAAAUAACGAUAGUCAUAUCAGUAACGUUUAAAUGGAUAUUUUAUUUGCUAGUUAUGAAAUAAAUAUUUUUGUUUA